CAAGUUAUUAUCAGGAGGGUGUUUACAGUUAGCUAGCGCUCCAAUAUUUCCCUGAAAAUGGAGGUGACCUUGUCUGUUGACCCACUUUUUCUUGCCUGGAGCUAUUUCAGGCGACGGAAGUUCCAGAAAUGUUCGGAUAUUUGCACAAAGGUGUUGGAAGACAGCCCGUACGACCAGGCGGCAUGGAGUCUGAAGACAAGGGCACUGACUGAGAUGGUGUACAUCGAUGAAGUGGAAGUGGAUCAGGAGGGGAUUGCAGAAAUAAUGUUGGAUGAAAGCUCCAUUGCACAAGUUGCACGCCCUGGAACAUCGCUAAGACUUCCUGGAACGAGUCAAGGUGGAGGACCUUCUCCAGCUGUCAGACCAAUGACUCAGUCAGGACGCCCCAUCACAGGAUUUGUAAGGCCCAGCACUCAGUCUGGUAGACCUGGGACUAUGGAGCAAGCCAUCAAAACACCUCGAACUGCAAACACUGCACGUCCAGUCACCAGUGCAUCUGGCAGAUUUGUCAGAUUGGGCACGGCUUCAAUGCUAACAAAUCCAGAGGGACCUUUUAUAAACCUGUCCAGGUUAAAUUUGGCAAAGUAUGCCCAGAAACCAAAUUUAUCUAAGACCUUAUUUGAAUACAUCUUUCAUCAUGAAAAUGAUGUAAAAAAUGCAUUGGACCUGGCAGCUCUCGCCACCGAGCAUGCCCAGUUCAAGGACUGGUGGUGGAAGGUCCAACUUGGGAAAUGUUAUUACAGGCUUGGUUUGUAUCGUGAAGCUGAGAAACAAUUCAGGUCAGCCCUAAAUCACCAAGAGUUUGUAGAUACCUACCUCUACCUUGCAAAGGUAUAUCAGCGACUGGAUCAGCCUAUAACUGCCCUAAACCUCUUUAAACAAGGUCUGGACCAUUUCCCAGGAGAAGUUACUUUGCUGACUGGAAUUGCUCGCAUUCAUGAGGAGAUGAAUAACAUCAAUUCAGCAACCGAGUACUACAAAGAUGUCUUAAAGCAGGACAAUACACACGUAGAGGCCAUUGCCUGCAUUGGAAGCAACCACUUCUAUACAGACCAGCCGGAGAUCGCCCUGCGCUUCUACAGACGGUUGCUGCAGAUGGGUGUCUAUAACUGCCAGCUGUACAAUAACUUGGGCCUGUGCUGCUUUUAUGCUCAGCAGUAUGAUAUGACUCUGUCCUCAUUUGAAAGGGCAUUAGCCCUGGUUUCAAGUGAUGAGGAACAGGCAGAUGUCUGGUACAAUCUUGGACAUGUUGCAGUGGGUAUAGGUGACUUGCCUCUAGCUUAUCAGUGCUUUAAACUAGCUUUGGCUUUCAACAAUGAUCAUGCUGAGGCUUACAACAACUUAGCAGUACUGGAGCUGAGGAAAGGCCGCAUUGAGCAGGCUAAAGCUUUUCUGCAGACUGCUGCUUCUCUGGCCCCUCACAUGUAUGAACCACAUUUCAACUUUGCUAUACUAUCGGACAAGGUGGGCGACCUUCAGAGUAGCUACAUGGCUGCCCAGAAGUCUGAGGAUGCCUUCCCUGAACAUGUGGACACUCAGCAGAUCCUGAAGAACCUCAGGCAUCAUUUUGCUGUGCUAUGAUUUGGCAGUCAUGUGAAAUGACAUAUCAGAGCACAUGCAAAUAAUGUUUAGAGACGCUUAAUAUUUUUUCCCUAGGCAGACCAAAGACUGUUUUCAGGAAAGAUUUCAUGGAUUCGAUCACUGUAAUGAGUCUUAUAAACUGUGAGCAAACAGAGAAAGUUAGCUAUAAAGGGUCUGAGUUUUGUGAAGUGGAAGGUAGUGCGAUUCCAUUAAAUAUAAUGUGAAAUGUAAACUUGUGUUAAAAAGUGUUUAGUAUUACACAUGUAUAAUGUCCAUAAUGUUUAAGCAAGUAAAAUAAUUUAAAAUUA